GCGACCUCCUCUCGCACCGCUCGUGUGCUCGGUUAAAUUCUUAUUUUGAAGCGCCUUUAAAUCUUCCCCAGAUCACCUUAGAGGGUGUCAAACACAGGCAAUAUCUACGGAACUUAUCCAAGAUAUUGAUGAACAAUGUUUCGACGACUAACGACUGAAGGCUGCGGAUUAUCUCGACAGAUUUGUCGAAACUUGUCAACAACCCCAGCGGUGUGUGGUAAUGUUGCAUUGAAUUCCUGUGCAGCAACAAACGGUGCUUCUUGUCGGUUAUUCAGGAGACAGGAUGAGUUGUUCGAUCAACCAUGGGAUCAACAUAGACAGUUCAUUCCUCACACGAUGGUAAGAACCUAUGCUUCCAAGGCAGCAUCAAAGUUUUCAAGAAGAGUAAAAAAAGAAACAUUUGAUCGUUAUAUGGGAAUGGAACCAAGCCGGUUACAGUCUGGCUUCGAAGAAAUCAAGGAAUUAGAAGAUGCAAGUGAGGAUGUCAAGAGAAUCUUCAGUCUAGAGUUUGCACCCAGGCGAGAGAUCAAGAAACUCCAAGAAGUAAACACAUUGCAGGAUAUUGAUCAUGAUCCAACAGAUGAAAGCCAUGCUAACCUGCUCUUCACAAGCAUUGCAAAAUGCACGGUAACAAUAAGGAAUCUAGCGCCACAUGUCCAGCAGUUCCCAAGGGAUAAAGGGAACAAAAGAAUCAUGCUCAUGAUGAUCGACAGACGUCGCAAAAACAUCAAACACCUGCGCAAGAUAAACUUUGAGCUCUCAGAGCGGUUACUGGAGAAGCUCGGUAUUACAUACUCCCCGCCUCCAAAGUAUCUUAUCAGGAAGAAAACCAAGCGCUACUUGGAGAAAAAGGCCCUCUGUGAGCAGGCUUUCUUAGAGCGGAAGGAAGCCCUACAAGAGUUUACGUUUCAUCUUAGGGAGGAACAACUUAAGGAUAUAGCCAUCUUGAAGAAAGAUCUUGGGAUUGAGUUGACGGAGGAAGAGAUGGGCAGAUUGCAAGAAGAGAGUACAUGAGACGUUACCCAUUUAGGAAUUCAGAUCACUGAACAGCCCAGGUAGGGAUUACUGGGCAGCAUAGGAAUCACUACAUACCAUACAGGGAUCACUGGACAGCCCAGAUAGGGAUCACCGUACAGCCCAAAUAGGGAUUACUGGGCAGCAUUAGGACCACUACAGCCCAGCUAGGUACAUGUAUUACUGGACAGCCCAUUAUAGGGAUCACUGGUAGCCCAGAUAGAAAUCACUGGACAGCCCAGACAGCCCAGAUAGGAAUCAUGGGACAGCCAAGAUAGGAAUCAUGGGACAGCCCAGAUAGAAAUCAUGGGACAGCCCAGAUAGAAAUCAUGGGACAGCCCAGAUAGAAAUCACUGGACAGCCCAGACAGCCAAGAUAGGAAUCAUGGGACAGCCCAGAUAGAAAUCAUGGGACAGCCAAGAUAGGAAUCAUGGGACAGCCCAGAUAGAAAUCAUGGGACAGCCCAGACAGCCAAGAUAGGAAUCAUGGGACAGCCCAGAUAGAAAUCAUGGGACAGCCCAGAUAGAAAUCAUGGGACAGCCCAGAUAGAAAUCAUGGGACAGCCCAGAUAGGAAUCACUGGACAGCCCAGAUAGAGAUCACUGGACAGCCCAGAUAGGGAUCACUGUGCAGCCCAGGUAGGAUCACUUGAUAGCCCAAGAUAGGUACAUGUAUUACUGGACAGCCCAGAUAGAGAUCACUGGACAGCCCAGAUAGGGAUCACUGUGCAGCCCAGGUAGGAUCACGUGAUAGCCCAAGAUAGGUACAUGUACAUGUAUUACUGGACAGCCCAUUAUAGGGAUCAUGGGACAGCCCAGAUAGGAAUCAUGGGACAGCCAAGAUAGGAAUCAUGGGACAGCCCAGAUAGAAAUCAUGGGACAGCCCAGAUAGAAAUCAUGGGACAGCCCAGAUAGAAAUCACUGGACAGCCCAGACAGCCAAGAUAGGAAUCAUGGGACAGCCCAGAUAGAAAUCAUGGGACAGCCAAGAUAGGAAUCAUGGGACAGCCCAGAUAGAAAUCAUGGGACAGCCCAGACAGCCAAGAUAGGAAUCAUGGGACAGCCCAGAUAGAAAUCAUGGGACAGCCCAGAUAGAAAUCAUGGGACAGCCCAGAUAGAAAUCAUGGGACAGCCCAGAUAGGAAUCACUGGACAGCCCAGAUAGAGAUCACUGGACAGCCCAGAUAGGGAUCACUGUGCAGCCCAGGUAGGAUCACUUGAUAGCCCAAGAUAGGUACAUGUAUUACUGGACAGCCCAGAUAGAGAUCACUGGACAGCCCAGAUAGGGAUCACUGUGCAGCCCAGGUAGGAUCACGUGAUAGCCCAAGAUAGGUACAUGUACAUGUAUUACUGGACAGCCCAUUAUAGGGAUCAUGGGACAGCCCAGAUAGAAAUCAUGGGACAGCCCAGAUAGAAAUCAUGGGACAGCCCAGAUAGAAAUCAUGGGACAGCCCAGAUAGAAAUCACUUGACAUUCCAGAUAGGGAUCACUGUGCAGCCCAGGUAGGAUCACUUGAUAGCCCAAGAAGGGAUCACUUGAUAGCCCAAGUAGGGAUCACUGGACAGCCCAGGUACACGUACUAAUGUUGAGAUCACUGGGCAAAAUGAUGUUAUGGUCCAGCAGAACAUUCUGCCGAUGCCGGUCCAAUGGAUUUCAGAUGUUUGUCCUCGCGAACUUUCAUUUGCACAUAGAACAUGCCUGACUUUUAAAACACUCUCAAAACCAGUUUUAAAAAUACAAAAAGUAUUUUUACCAUUUGGAUUGCAGCACUACCUACCAAAUCGGACUCUUAAAUAGACGACUCUUUAUUAUCAUCUAUUGGCAAAUAAAUGAAAAGGCACUGGACACCUUUGGCAAUGGUCAUAGACCAGCUAGGAUUAAUCCUAUCUCGAGUUAGA